AUGGACUUCGAGAGCGUUGUACAUGGAUUACAACCUCUAUUGAACAACCAAUUUGCAUCUAAGAUAACUGAAGAUGAAGGUCUCGCUAAGCAAUGCGCAUUGAAGCUGUCUGAACUAGCUAUUAAUCUUCGUGCACCUUCUAACAGAGACAUAUUAAGAGAGUCUGGCGUGUUGAAGGAACUUUUGAAUUUGCUACUAUCAGCUCUUAAAACCACCAUAGAAAACGACUUUUCAUCAAUUAAUGGAGUUGCAGUGUGUUCGGAGUUAAUACGCUCUCUCGCCAAUUGUUUGGCUGACAAUGACGAGAAUAGAAGCCUGUUCAUGUCCGAGUACUUUGAAAAAGGCAGUGACUUAAGAGUACAAGCUGCGCAAGUUCUCGAAUUUGAUGGCAAUAGCGGUGAUUCUACAUUCGACCUUAAAUUCAAGACUCUGGCCUUGAUUAAGAACCUUUGUUUAGAUAGUGAAUCCUACACUCGGGACUGUUCUUCGGAUCUGACUAGCAGUUUGAUUAAACUGCUUGAACGAUCGCCGUCAAAUCCACAGUCUGCAGAACAGCUUGAUGCUGUCACUAUGGCAUCGGAUCUACUGUCAGAGUUUACCCAGUUUUCAGCACCUGCUGUGUCAGCAGAAGAAUUCCAGUCUUUGGUCCACCGACUGCGACGCAUAGCACCCAAAGCUGGCAAUGGAGCCACAACGAAUACCGAGAGUGAUGAAGAAGACCCUUACUGUGAACUAGUACAGCUGCUGACUGAGACUUUGGAGCGGGUUGUCUCCACAAAUGAGCACAUUGACUUUUCAAAUCAAGAAUCAACACAUAAACUACAAAAAGAACUCGCCGAGACAUUGGCUACCCUCGAAUUGAAAGAAACAUUGGAAAACAAGCUAAUAAUAAUGCGCCGAUUAGUUUCUGUCAUGGGUUUGAUUUCUGCAAACACCUCAAACUCGAAUUUACAAGAUCGAUCCAUGUGCUUCGAGAUCCUCUCACAAGCUAAUGGCGGAUACGUUGCGGCGGCCGCCCUUGUAGUACUCUCCAAUUCUAUUUCUUCUCGCGAGGCCGCCAACGAUGUAUGUCGUCACUUAAAACUCAGCUCGAUUAUCCAACGGUGUCGCGCCUUCCAAGACCCAGUGCAGUUCCAAGGAUUUCUCGAUCUCAUGAAGAAAUUAUUAAACCUGUCGAAUAUUCAGGAGCUUGAAGAAGCGGACUUGGUAACCUUGUCUAUGGAAUUGAAAGUCUGUCACGACCAGUGUCAAUAUUUUCAAAAUCUGGCACCUUUACUGGAUGCGUUUCUCACCAAACUAGUGGCUGUACUACCGGGUUCUAUGCUGCGAAAGCUUCUCUCAAACGGCAAUUUCAAAACAAUGAUCGUAGAGCGUGGUGGCAUUGCUGCGUGCCUGCUUAUCGAUAAGCUUGCCGUACAGCAUCGAAACGUUGAUGAUGAGAUUGUAGUAGAAUUGUGGACGUCCGUUUUCCGCUUACAAGACCCGUCUGUCACACAAGAAGGCCUCUCGACGCCGUUUUUGUUUCAACUCAUGAAAUCGCUCGGAAUUUACUUGCGCAACAGGAACAAACUAGACCCAAAUCCGGUGUUUGAGACACAUUCCCGCCAGCUAUCGUCGUUGUUCGAGAUAAUAGAGCCUUUGAGCGCCAACACCGAUUCUGCAAGCCAGAGUAUUCUAAACAACGCUCGAUUCGUCGCAGGAAUGGUGGUUGAACUACUCAAAGAUCAAGCGUUGACUUCACAGGAAUCGCAGCUGUUUAACACUGCGACCAAACUUCUAUUGAGCAACGAACCGCUAACUAUGUCCUCAUAG